CCGUCAUUUUCUUUUUGGCGUGGCGUCGGUCUAGUACAGACGUGUGAUCAGAAAAUAUUUCAUUCUUAUUAGGUACCUUGUUAGUCUGCUAAAUUUAAGGAAGUAUUUUAUUAUUCUAUAAUUUGCUAUUUAUUUAGCGUAUACUUAAAAUCGUUUAGGGUUUUUAUCGGUUAGGGGACGCAGAACGGCAGAAGUACAUAAAAUGAGGCCGCAAAAUGGAGAUGACGGAUUCGAUGAACCAGAAGUUCACAGAAAAAUCUUUAUUGGGGGUCUUAAUUAUCGCACGACGGAUGAUUCGCUCAAAACUCAUUUUGAAAAAUGGGGAGAAAUCGUCGAUGUGGUUGUCAUGAAAGAUCCUAAAACGAAAAGAUCUCGUGGUUUCGGUUUUAUUACGUAUUCCAAAGCUCACAUGGUAGAUGACGCUCAGAACAACAGGCCCCAUAAAAUCGACGGACGCUUUGUUGAAACUAAAAGAGCAGUGGCAAGACAAGAUAUCAAAAACCCAGAAGCUGGUGCUACUGUGAAGAAGUUAUUUAUUGGAGGGAUCAAAGAUGAUCAUGAGGAAGACCAAUUAAGAGAAUACUUUUCGAACUAUGGAAAUGUCCAAAAUGUUAGCAUAGUUACAGACAAGGCAACGGGCAAGAAAAGGGGAUUCGGUUUUGUCGAGUUUGAUGAUUAUGACCCAGUGGAUAAAGUUUGUUUAAAUGUGCCUCAUAAAAUAAAUGGCAAGCAAUUAGAUGUAAAGAAAGCCCUACCUAAAGAUGGUUCUGAUCAGAGGGGAAGUAGACAGGGUGGUGGUGGUGGAGGUGGCAGAAAUGAUAGCUGGGGAAAUAAUGGAGGAGGAAGUGGAUAUGGCAACAAUCAGGGUGGUUGGAACAACUCUAACCCAUGGGAUAACAACCAAGGUAGUUGGGGAAGUGGAAAUCAAGGGGGUGGCUAUGGAGGAGGUAACCAAAGAGGGGGAUGGGGUGGUGGAAAUCAAGAUUUUGGUAGUUAUAGCAAUCAGGGUUACAGUGGUGGACCAACUCGUAACACCCAGGCUUAUGGAAAUAGAUCUCAACCAUACAACAUGAACCAAGGAGGAGGUGGCAGCAGCUAUGGUGGUAGCAACUAUGGAGGUAGCCAAGGGGGUCGUGGUGGAAGAUUCUAAUUGUGUUUCGUGCUAAGUACACUAGUAGAGCAGAGUAUAUCAUGCUAGUGUAGGCUGCUCAGGAGCUCGAUAGUUACACUUCAAUGGUCUACCUUCGAGACCACAUACGGGAAGCCCUCAGGAAAAUUCUAGAUGUUUAGCUAGAUUCGUAUCAUAAUUAAAAGUUUUAGAACAUUAGUGCUGAACUGUAAGGUUAUUUAUUGAGGUACUUUAGGUACAUAAGAAUGACAAUGUAAUAAGGAUGUUUAUGUGUUAGUAAUGUGUCAAUACAUAAGUACAAUUCUUAGGAUAAUUAUGUAAGUAAGACCUCUCUUCAUUAAGAAGAUACGAGCAUGGCAUUAAUUUUGACAUACGAAAAUAGAAUUAAUCAAGAAAUUUUAUUUUCUGGACAGUAUUAAUUUCUCAAAAGAUAUCUGUUAUUUACUCAGGUAUAUAAAUAUGGACUUAUUAGGUUAAUUUUUUUAUUAUAUAAAUAAAUUGAAUACAAAAUCUG